GUUUCAUAUUGUCCCAAAAGGAAUGAAAAGAGAUUGUGAUGCAAAAAUACGACGCAUUUUUGAUAAACGGGUGACAAAAUUCAAGAGGAUGAUACAAUUUAGCGCCCUUAAAGAACAGGUAGAAUUUUCCUGAGGAAACUAGAAAUUCGAAGUUGGGAAAGUUUCUUACGUCCUCUACGAAACGUAAAAUUCUAGUGAACUCCAUUUUUUGAUUUCUUUCAGAAAACGAAGGUUUGGCCGUGGGGUCGAACUCAAGAAAAUACUCUUUGUCACUCUUGGUUGACGAUGAUUAUAGAGGUGGUCGAGACAUCUGGCAUGGCUGGAUUUUCAGCUGGUGGAUUAGUGGUUCCAUCUUCUGGCGAAGGAGAAUAAUAUUGUUGGUUCUGAUCGAUACUUUGCCGACUUUUCAAGAUUGUUGCCCGUGGUUACAUGUUGUUUACAGUUUGUAAUAAUGGCUAAAACCGACGAAACAUAUAAACAAUAUUUCGAAGAAUCGGAAGAACCAUCAGUCACAUCAUCUGAUUCAAAUGAAAGAAAAUUAGCCCGCAGACUGAGAGUUCAGAGACGUCAAGAUGCUCUAAGAAAGAAAGACAGACCGGAAGAAGAGCAGGAUGAGGAUAAAACACUAUCAGAAAAGCAAAUUAUUGCAAGUGCAGAGUAUUUGGAAAAAUUAAUAACUGAAGGAAAUGAAGUGACUUCGAAUGUAAAAAUAGCUAACGAUGCUCGAGAACUUGAUCGUCGAGGAAAAGAAAAUGAAACUCGAAAUAACUUGUUACAAAUGUUAGAAGAAAAUUCUAAGCAAUGUACAGAACGUUACCAAGAAAUUAACGAAAAAUGGUCCUCUAUUCUUGAGUCGAAAGAUCCUUUGGACAUUCAUGCUGCGAUGAUGGCUCAAAAUGAAAAAUGUCUCAAAGUUCUUGCAAUGAAAGAUUCUGCAAUUUCAGAACUAAAAAAAGAAUUGGAAGAGGCAGAUGCGAAAUUUAACUUGGAUCAGAAGAAGCAGACUGAAGAUAUAGAUAUAUUAAUUGAAAGAAUCGACCUCCAAGUGAAUUCUAUGGCGAAUGCUUACCGUCGAGAAUUAGUUUUGAUAGAGAACGCUUUGGACUCUGAACGAAAAACCUUUUUGCAAACUUCUAAAAAAAAAUGGGAGAGUUUGUUUAGUCAAAGAAAAGCGAAUGAGAUUAAUGGAAUUGAACAAAGAAAAGUAAUUAUGAGGGAAUUUGAAAAAGAAAUGAAUAGAGUGAUGACUGAACACCACGAGGAAUAUAGAGCUCAAAAAAUAAAAUUGGAAACUGAGUGUCAGAAGCUCCAACAGCAGAUUCAAGAGAUGAAGGCGAUUUGCAUGUUGAAUGUUGAAAAACUUAAUUAUAAUUACGCUGUUCUGAAAAGACGAGAGGACGAAAAUGCGAUUAUUAAAAGCCAACAAAAAAGAAGAUUAAACAAACUUCAGGACAUCAUAAACGAUUUAAAAAAAAGCUACGUUGAUUUAGAAGAGAAGACGAAACUGGAAAUACAAAAAUUGACAGACCAAGUUUUGCGAGCUCACAAAAGUAUUUUAGAACUUGAAAAUAAGUCUGAUCAUUUUACCGCAAUUAAUGAGAAACAGUAUUUGGAAAUUUGGGACAUGAAUUCAAAAAUUGCUGAUGAACUUUUGCAGAAGAUUUUAACAGCAGAUAAAAUAAUAUUUGAGCAAGCUUUAGGUUUGGAAUGGGAACCUCCAGAGCAAAAAAUUCUGAGAAAGGAGAAUUUGCCGUCUUACAGAAAAGCAAUUGCUGUGAUUGAACAAAAAAAAAUAAUGGUGGCCGAAAGAAACAAAAUGUGUGAACCAUACAGUCCAGCUAAAACAUUGGAGGAAAUUAAUUUAGAAAGAAAAAUGCUUUUACGUAUCGUGGAACAAAUUUCAGAUCGUUCUGGAUUUUUGAUUGAAGAAAAAUUGCGAGCACUGCUUAUGAAACAAAGCACGGAAAAUCGAAUUAUUAUAAGAGUUGAUAAAGUUUUACAGGCUUUGGAGAUAGAAUCAAAAGAGGACAUUGAGCUGCUUUUAAAUUUCUUUUUGCCCUACGCUUACUGUCCAAUUUGUAUAAAUCAGGAAAAUGAAUCUGAUAAAAGUUUUUCCGACAAAACUUCAACCUCGAGUAUAAAAGAAGAACUAUAUGGAAAACCAGAAGAACCUGAAGACGAAAGGACAAGAAAAUUAAUAGAAACAGUAAAAGAAGAAGUGACUGCAGUUUCUACUCAUUGCGGAUCGAGUGAGAGCAGUGGAAGUAUUUUUACAGAAAGUACAGAUUCUUCAGUUUCUGUAACUGAUAAAGCGACUAUCGAAGGAUCAAAAUCAAAUGAGGAUUUGUCCUGUGACUCUUUAAGCGACUCAAAGAAACAAAAACUGCUUUGCGAAGAAGGGCAUUUAUUCGAAAUACGAGUAACGCAUGUAAUAAAAGCUCUAAAAGAAUUCGUAGAAAAAUUUCAUUCAGUCAAACAAGGAGAAGAUUUGCUCACAUUUAAAGAAAAAUUAACACAGGCGAAAUCUACAAUUUCAAGAAAUAUUUCGAUUGAGGACGUCACAAAAUUUUGGGCUAGAUACAGAGAAAUCGUUAACGAAAAAAGAGAAAGACUUUGGGCUGCACUUUUGGUUGGAUUAAAUAAAUACCACGAAAUUUUAAAAGAACGACGCAAGUUGAAUACAGAAACUGAAUCGCUCCGGAGACAAAAUGCGGAACUGCAACGAUUAUUGGAAGCUUACAAAAAACCUGAAAAUAAUUUGCCGAUCUUGCGAUUGAAAAGAGAAGACAGCUGAUUUUAAUUGUAUCAUUCUUUUAAUUGUAGAUCGUACUUUCAUAAUUCACACAGAAUUAAAUAAUAAAUGACAAUUUCAUACCUUCACGAAA